CACGCCCUCCCUCCCUCAGCCCGCCGGCCGCCGGCCUUCUCCACAACCGCUCCCUCAGGCCGCGUCCCCGGCUGCGACCACAACACUCACCACAACAACAACAACAACAACAACACCACCACUACUACUACGUUAUGUCCGAGCAAGGAUUGCAUGAUUCCAUCAUCUGAAUUCUUCAAUAUGGAAGAACUUGAACGACUAAAAAACAAUUACAAUGAUGGCGGACUGGAAGCAGUAAUACCAGAGAUCAAGAAUAAAUUAGAUGACCUGAGUAAUGCACAACAUAAUAUCGCAGUUAUAGGUGAAAAGUGUGCAGGCAAAUCUACCUUUAUUGCUGCAAUAAUAGGCUUUGAGAUAAAUGAGGAAAAGGUUGUUAAUGAGGAAACUAAUGAGCCUAUUGUACAUCCCCAUCCGAUUCUGCCUCAUGUUCAUUUUGCAGAACUUCCAGCAAUAGAUUCUUCUGAACUACUGUCGAGUGAGUACCUAAAAAUGGUAAAUAUUGAGAGAUAUGAUUUGUUCAUCGUCAUGUCAGAAUGCCAAUUUAAAGGAAAGGAGGGGGCAGUUGCCAAAGCAGUGCAACAAGAGGGUAAACAACUGUACUUUGUUCAGUCCAAAGUUGACAAUGACCUCCCUCCGCUGGAAAUGGACGGUGCAGCUUUGAACAAAGAGCUGGAAAAGAUCAGGAAGGAUUGUGUCACCACCUUGGAAGAGGUGGGAGUUACGUCACCAGCAGUUUUUCUGAUUUCCUGCUUUCACCAGGAUGAUUAUGAUUUCCCCGCUCUAAAGGACAUCUUCGCAAAUGACCCGUGCAGCGUUAAGAAGAUUGCUUUCUUGCUGUCACUCCCAAACGUGACUUCAAAUGUAAUAGAAGAGAAGAGAAGAAUGUUGGAGAAAAGAAUAUGGAUGACUGCAGCGCUUGCAGGGGCAGUGGGAGCCGUGCCAGUUCCUGGCAUGUCCUUUGCCACUGGGAUUGGACUGGUGGUCGCGGGGUUGGUGUACCUGUGGCACCAUCGUGAUCUCCGUGACAAGUGUCUGCAAAGACUGGCGGACGCCAGUGGUAAACCCUUGGCACUGUUGAAAACUGAAAUUCAAUCUCCAGGUAAAAUAUCCCGGGCACUUAUCAAAAUAGCGCUAGGUGUUACCGCUGUUGUUUGCACAAUAGCCGAGUUCAAGUUUGUCUUCACACCACUGAUUAUUUCUGUUUUUGGAGCUAUUUCUUCCUUUUGUUUCACAGCCUUGUUAUUAAAGGAUUCACUGAACGAGCAAGUGAACACUGCUCAAUUAGCAGUGAAAACUGCUUUUGAAAGUGAUUGAAGCAUGUUCCAGAUUAUUUAACUGACAGCACUGCAUCACCCAUUGAUUUGGAUGAAGGGCAGAGGGAUUACUCGGUGCAAACAGUCUAUCAUACCGCAAACAAGCUUACUGAGUUACUUAGAAAAGCCUACUUAAAGGAAAAUCAAAUACAGAAACUAUAGCAACUUCUCCAAAGACAAAUAGAGUGAUUUCUUUAGAAAUAUUCAGUGAUUCAAGAAUUCUUAUAUAUCAAUUAUGUACACGCAUCAUGCUGAGUUUUUCACAGUAGUGUUAGGCAGAGGAAUUGCCAAAUCAUUCCUACCCAGCUCAGACAUUGUCUGAGAGAAUGGAGUGGCUGGGCUUGUAUACUCUAGAGUUUAGAAGGAUGAGAGGGGAUCGUAUUGAAACAUAUAAGAUUAGUAAAGGUUUGGACACGCUAGAGGCAGGAAACAUGUUCCCGAUGUUGGGGGAGUCCAGAGCCAGAGGCCACAGUUUAAGAAUAAGGGGUAAGCCAUUUAGAACGGAGACGAGGAAACACUUUUUCACACAGAGAGUUGUGAGUGUGGAAUUCUCUGACUCAGAGGGCCGUGGAGGUCGAUUCUCUGGAUACUUUCAAGAGAGAGCUAGAAAGGGCUCUAAAGAUAGCUGAGUCAGGGGAUAUGGGGAGAAGGCAGGAACGGGGUACUGAUUGGGGAUAAUCAGCCAUGAUCACAUUGAAUGACGGUGCUGGCUCGAAGGGCCGAAUGGCCUACUCCUGCACCUAUUGUACUCACUCACUACCUACAUAGCCCUAUACCUUCCUCCCUCAAAUUUUAGACUCAUUAAAAUCAAAACACUAGCACUUGUAUGACAACAUUCAUGACCUCUAGAUGUCCCAAAGCACUCUAUGGCCAAAUAAAUAAUCAUGUAUCUUUGACCUGUAGCCAUCAUAAGAAACAUACAAGCCAAUUUAUACGUAUUAAGAGCACUUAAACCUAAUUGAAAGAAAACGAUAUAUGUACAUGCGUUAGUUCUGGAGUCUAUCAUUGGGCUAAUGCGAUUGACUGGUCCUUGUUCAUUAAUUUCAUAAUCUUGUGGGAUCUAAAGAGAUGAGACAGUAUCGAAGAUUGACAUGGAAGAUUGGCAAGAGUUUCUAACCACAAUUGGCAUAUGCAUCUGAGAAGCAGAUUUAAGUAUCAUUUUGCUGGACUUACCAAUAGUUGCUGGCUGAGUUUUUGGUCUUGAUUUACAACAUGGUGGGAACCAAGAGGAACAAGAUAGCAACAAAUGUGAAUCGCAUUUUAUUUAAUAACUACUUAAAAGCAUUUAAAUAAAUUCAGUGAAAUCUACCGGUCAAUACCUAGGAUAUAAAUUGCCAUGACGGUUGCAUGCAUUUUGCCCAUAAGAUCUAUUUUAAGUUCAAACUCUUUGAUGCCAGUUUUUUUUAUUUUGGGUACCAUAUACAGCUUCAAAGACUCAACUGUUUGUAUCCAUAAAUGUGUAUUCCAAAUCACUAUUUUCAGUUUACAUUCAGUACAUUUUCAAGAUGAAGAAUGAAAGUUGUGGAACAUUUCAGAACCUUUGUCACCACCCACACACGAGUCUAUUCCAGGAAUGCAAUUAUUCCUUAAAUACUUCCCGAGUGUUCACUUGAAUUAUCUGAAAAUCUAUUAGUUCCAAUUUGGUGUAAAAUGUGACAAUGUGCAUGAGGGGGAAGGGGAUGAUUAUGAACCUGGUAUAUUUUACAUCUCGUGAUCUUAAUUUCCAUUUCAUUCAAAAUGUGUUCUUGAUUGAUAUCAAUCCUGAAACUGGCUUUUGAAAAAAAAAAAUCACCUGGUAAUUAAUAAGAAGAUGUCUCCAGUAUCAUUGCCCAUCAUAUGAAUGUAGGAAACUGGGAGCAGAAAUAGCCCAUCAGGCACUUCAGGUCUGCCCCACCAUUUAACAUGAUCUCUGCUCGCCUCAAUGCCUCUUGUGUGUCAUUUCUCCAUUCUCAUCAAGUCCAUGCUCUAUCAAAUAUUUAUGCUCCUCUACUUCUAAUGAUCGAACUUCCAGCACCCGCUGGAGAUUUGCCACCAGAGGGCAUUUGUACAUCACACGAUAAAAAUGCAUGUAUUGUGCAGGAUAAUCUAUCCAUGUCUCACUCCACCCUUUUCUUUUAUUAACCUUUAUUGCUGGAGUUGUACAGAUAUUAUGUUGUAGGAUGAGGUGCCAAAUACAUUAAUCUGAUGCAUCACCACCACAAAGUCAUACACCGGAUGAACCACCAGAGACUAUAUAGAUGUUGCUCUGCUUGAAGGCUUUAACCACUCUCUUUACUGGACUACUACUGACCAUAGAGUAAUAUAGAGUUGAAUGUACAAUAAGUAAAAUUUUAAUAAACCUUGUAACUUCAGCCAGAUGUAUUGUGAUUUUAUCUGUGUCAAAUUAUUGUUGCUACAUUUAGAAGUUGUAGUGAUGGGAAAUAUUAAACAGGCCCUGCCAAUGCAAUGAGCACAAAAGUGAUCUGAGGUCUUGAGAUAAGAAACAAUCUUUGCAAAUGUACAAAGCCAUAUAAGCUAUAACAUUGAAGUUCAAAGAUGCUUAGAGGGAGAAAUGAAAGAAUAGACAUCAGAUGGAGUGGACAAUACAAGAUAAGUGGCCGGUCAUUUAAAAUAGAAGUGCAUAGAAAUGUAUUUUUGCAGAGUGUGGUGAACCUCUGGAUUUAUUUUCUCCAGAAGAUUGUGGAGGCUACUUUAGUUUAGUUUUGUAUGGAGAUAACGCGGGGAAACGGGCCGUUCGGCCCAACGUGUCUGCGCCAACCAGCAUCCCCACACAUUAAGACUAUCCUGUAGCAAUGUUACAACAUUUUGAGAUUUUAAAAAUCAAGUCUGUAAUUUAUCCCAUCAGAUAAAGCAUGAAAAGAACUUUAAUUUGACACCUAAUUCACUUUCAUAUCUUCAGUAUUAAAAAGGUUAUGGCCAUUUUCAUACUUGGAAAUUAGCAUCUUGUUCCCUAUUGCUUUUCCAUUGACUUAACUCAAAAGCUGUGAUCGAGGACAGUCAAAAGCCCAUAACUUUCUUAAAAAUUAAGAGAACUGAAAGAAAUUUCCAGUUAUUAUAGAUUGAAGCAUUCUGAAAAAAAAUGAAACAAUCUUACUUAGAUGAAAUUAAAGCAUAUAAUUAGUUAGUUAUCUAAUUGUAGCUAAUUACAAAAUUCAAUUACUAGAUCUAAACAUCUAUCAAUUUCUUAAGAAUUGAUUAACAUUUUUAAAUAGCCUACGUGUCCAAAUAACAUUCACACAAGAAUUCACAAUAUAACAUAAUUUUUCAAUCUCAUUGUCAUGGAUUUAUAGGCCAAAUGGAAGUUUGAUUCCUGUAAAUUAAUGGCCAUUUAAAUAAUCUUGCGAGUGGGUUUUUCUGGAACGCAAUCAUUUGGAACGUUGCGGUUGCAGUGAAUUUAAACGCCAUAUCGGCAGAAAAAAUACUGCCGGUUCCUUUGGGGGAAAAAAAUCACCGUUUCGCAACGUCAAAUGUGAAUUAAAGGCAUCUUAAGGAGCACUUUUAUUCAUAAAAUAAACGGCUUUCCUUUACCUGUCCCGUACGUGAAAUCCAUCCCCGUUGUUGGCGUUGACGGCUUUAGAAGCUGAUUUAAAAAUUACUCC